GUUAGUAGUCCGACAUGUGGGCCCUGAAGGUCUGGGGUCCACAUGUUGGUGACACAGACGUUCUGUUUGCCUCUUCGCAUUCACACGCGCGAGGCUUCCAAAAACCCAAGGCGCACUCGACUGUGGAACUCGCUCUGUCUGCUAGGGUUUCAUCUCUCGCCGCCGUCAUGAGUGCCUCCAGGCCGGACCACCGGCGCCACCACCCGCCGUUCCUGCGGGACCUGUCGUCCCCGAUCUCCUCGUCGUUUCGCCUCCCACCGGCCUCGAUGCGGCGAGAGACGCAGGCCUCCACCCCGCCGCCGCCGCCGCCGCUGCUCUCCCUCGACGACCUCUCCCACCAAUCCCCCUCCCCGCACCCGGCCACGCCUCCGCAGGCGACUGCGACACCCUCGCCUCAGCCCUCGCGUGGUGCCGGCCUCUUCUCCUCGCCAAUGCGGUCCAACGGCUCGCCGGCCCCCUCGGCGUGGUGGACCCCCUCGAGGGAGGAGAAGCCCAGGGAGGGGUCACCGAUGGAUGGCGUCGUGCAGCACCAGCAGCAGUCCCCGACGACGCCGUCGGGUCAGCAGUCACAGCAGCAGAAGGUAGCGCUGAUCACGCUGCCGCCUCCCAGGGAGGUUGCGCGGCCGGAGAUGCCGAGAGAUUCGGCUCCGGCUGCUGGCCGGGUCGACGAGGAGGAAUGGGUCACCGUUUUCGGAUUUCCGCCUGGUGAUACUAACAUGGUGCUGCGAGAAUUUGAGAAGUGUGGGAUAGUCUUGAGACAUGUUCCUGGUCCAAGGGAUGCAAACUGGGUGCAUAUCUUGUAUCAGAGCCGUCAUGAUGCACAGAAAGCACUUGCCAAACAUGGGCAGCAGUUAAACAUUGUUCUUAUUAUUGGUGUGAAGCCAGUGGAUCCAUGGCAGCGGCAAUACCUGAAUGAGAACACCAACGAGAACUAUCAGGGCAGUGCUACAAUCACAUUUACAUCGCAACCUGUAGCACCAAGUGGAUUUGCAACCAGGAACGCACUAGCACCUUUACCUAGCAACUCUGUGCCAAAUGGCAGCUGCAACGAGAGCAACCGUGGCGCAUCUGGGGCCAUUGCUUCGCCUACAAAAUCUGUCUUGUCCAAAGUUAUGGACUUGAUGUUUGGCCUUUAAGUUGCAUUGUUCACUCAAAUGGUGGCAACUUUUUUUGUUCCUUUUGGAAAUUCUAGGCCAAAAUGAGGUUCACUUAUCGAUGUUACAGUAAAAACAUUAUUUGGUCACCGUGGUUCGCACUUUGUAUCAUUGUGCAGAGUGUUAUGCUGUUAUCUUAUUCUUUCGGCUUCCUACCAUGAUAUGGUGUUACAAGCUAGCAGGGUAGCGAAGGUCAAACGGUUGUAUUGAUGCAGUGAAUUAUGUCAGAUAGAUUAUGAGAUCUCAUGAUCAUCGAUUGUAUUUAGUUAAACAUGCCCGCGUCCUUUAUAAAGGAUUUGAGCUAGGGAAUGCCAUGUCUUCAAAAGUUAAAUUUGAAAUGGAA